UUUUCCCACUGAUUUCAUUCUCUUUGGCUUUGCAGUGCUGGGUGUUGCUGCACUGUGAAGCUCCCUUGUGCCGCUGGUUGCACUAAACAUCGAAUCAUAUGGGGAUGGAGGAGGAUCAAAUCUUUGAGUUAUUUGGGGAGAGCCCAUCCCUUCUCCCCGCGAAAAACAAGAGAAAGCACAAGUCAGACAAACAAGAGAACCAGCUCUCUGUUCACACUGAAGAAGAAGAACAACAAUUAGAGAAGGUUAAGAAGAAAAAGAAGAAGAAGAAGCAGCAUGAGAGUGGAAUCGAGGGUGAAAAGGAAGCUGAUAAUGGAAUUGAAAAUGGGAAUAAAGAAGAAGAAGAAGAACAAUCAGAGAAGGCUAAGAAGGAUAAGAAGAAAAAGAAGCAGACGCAGCAUGAGAAUGGAAUAAAUGUAGAAGAGGAAGCUGAGAAUGGAAUUGAAAAUGUGUUUAAGGAGAAGAAGGGAAAGAAGAAUCAGAAAGAGGAGGAGAUUAAGAAUGACAUGAUGAGUGUGUCGGUGUCUGGUGAGGGGAGCGGGGAUUUAAAGUACAGAGCGUUGGAGUCGUUUGAAGAGGUGGGGCUUCCUUCGAAUGUGCUGCAAUGUUGUAAAAACUUCGAGAAGCCAUCGCCCAUUCAAGCACACGCCUGGCCUUUCCUUCUUAAUGGCCGAGAUUUUAUUGGAAUAGCUGCCACUGGCUCAGGGAAAACGAUAGCAUUUGGCGUGCCAGCAUUAAUGCAUAUAUUAAGAAAGGAGAAUAGAAAGACAGUUAAAAAAUCCAUGCCAUUUUGUCUAGUACUUUCACCUACUCGAGAACUUGCUCAACAAAUUGCAGACGUGGUAGCUGAUGCUGGAAAUUCUUGUGGAGUAAAGUCAGUUUGCUUGUAUGGUGGCACUUCGAAAGGACAGCAAGUUUCUGCUAUUAAGGCUGGAGUGGACAUUGUUGUUGCUACCCCUGGGCGUUUGAGGGACUUGAUUCAGGAUGGUAUUUGUAACCUUGGCGAGGUUUCAUUUGUGGUGUUGGAUGAAGCAGAUCGGAUGCUUGACCUAGGAUUUGAACCAGAAGUUCGUGCAAUAUUGAGCGAGACAUCAACUUCUCGGCAGAUGGUUAUGUUCAGUGCAACUUGGCCACCAAGUGUUCAUCAACUUGCCAAAGAGUUUAUGGACCCAAAUCCUAUAAAGGUGGUGGUUGGGUCCCAGGAUUUGGCUGCGAAUCAUGAUGUGAUGCAAAUAGUGGAGGUUUUGGAUGACCGAGUAAAGGACACACGAUUGGUUUCAUUGCUUGAGAAAUACCACAAAUCUCGCAGGAACCGUGUUCUUGUCUUUGUAUUGUACAAGAAAGAAGCAGUAAGGGUGGAGUCAAUGCUGCAAAGAAGAGGAUGGAAUGUUGUUGCAGUGCAUGGAGACAAAUCUCAGCAUGAGCGUACAAAGGCUGUCACUUUAUUCAAGGAUGGAAAGUGCCCACUUUUGAUUGCCACGGAUGUUGCUGCAAGAGGCCUUGAUAUUCCAGAUGUUGAAGUUGUGAUUAAUUAUAGUUUCCCUCUAACAACAGAGGACUACGUUCACCGUAUAGGUCGGACUGGACGAGCUGGAAAGAAGGGUGUCUCACAUACUUUCUUUACUCAAGCAGACAAGGCCCGUGCGGGAGAGCUUGCAAAUGUUCUUAGAGAAGCUGGGCAGGUAGUACCAGAUGAGCUCCGGAAAUUUGGAACUCAUGUAAAGAAGAAGGAAUCUAAGUUAUAUGGGGCACACUUCAAAGAAAUCACUGCUGAUGCUCCCAAGGCCACAAAGAUCACAUUUGCAGAUUCUGAUGAUGAAUAAAUUAAGAGACAUUGUUUAUCCGGCACUAUUUUUGAAUUAUUAUAUGAAAUGCUGGGAGUAAAAUGCCUUGAAAUCUUUCUGUUCUUUCCACUGAAUGUUUUGGGUGUACUAUUAAACAAGGAUACUGCCACUCCUGGAGCUAUCUAUCUCCUAUCAGAGGGGAUGCCAUUAGUUGCAUUAGAGAAGGUCAUUUUAGUCUAAAGCAAUUUAGUAAUUCAGAUAUUCAUCCAUCUUGACAAUUGCUACACCUUUGGAGUAUUGGAAAAUUGUAGGUCCCAAACAAAUUUAUAUAUGGAACAAUGUAUCUAUCUUUAUCGAGUUGAUUCAGUCCCUCCAAUUGUGAAGGGGUGUUUUGAGGCUAUUUCCUUUGAAACACGUUAUUAAAAAAACAACACAGGCAGCAUGGUCACAAUGAUUUCAUUUAUGUAGAUAAUGGACAGCGUCAUCAUUUCUAUUUACAAAGAGUUCUCAAGCAUAAUACUUUAUGCAAACUCCAAAUCUCCAUAACUUUGAGAUAUGUUUUAAAGCAAGAUCAUGACUGUGUUUUGUCAGCGGCCUCAUCACAUGACCUGAUAAAAGGUCAUCUGGUGAUUAGGAAAAUAAAAUAUCAUGAAACUCAUCAUCA